AAGCAUCUUGGGGAUUUUCUUUCAAAACCUUCAAAUAUCGAUAUUCUUAAAGCUUUUGUGGAACUAUUUGACUUUAGCGGGAAACGUAUGGAUGAAGCUUUGCGAGAGAUGCUUGAGACAUUUCGAUUACCUGGUGAAGCACAACAAAUUUCUAGAAUAAUGGAAGUUUUCGCAGAAACAUAUUUUGCUUCUGGACCUUCGGAAAUUGCAUCACGAGAUGCUGCCUUUAUUUUAUCGUUUUCAGUCAUUAUGUUAAAUACAGAUUUACAUAAUCCUCAAGUUCGUCGUAGAAUGACACUUGAGGAUUAUAUGAAAAAUCUUCGCAAUGAAAACAAUGGUGAAAAUUUUCCUCCAGAAUAUUUGCAAGCAAUCUAUGAGGCUAUUCGGGGAAAGGAGAUUGUUAUGCCUGAAGAGCAUGAAGGACAAUUGGGUUUCAAUUAUGCUUGGAAAGAGUUAUUGCGCAGAGCGGAGAGUGCUGGUCCAUUGAUAAUAUGUGAUGUAGCUUUGUAUGACAAAGAUAUGUUUAUGGUUGCAUGGAAACCUAUAAUAGCAGCAAUUAUUUAUGCUUUUAAUUCUGCGUCGGAUGAUAAUAUACUUCAGAAAGCUAUAACUGGAUUUCAUCAAUGCGCGUUGAUUUCAGCACAUUAUCACUUACUAGAUGUUUUUGAUUAUAUUAUAAUGUCACUUGUAAAAUUAACUGGCUUACUUGAAACCAGAUUUGCAAAUGGGAAUGCAAAUAUCCCCGUAAAAGUCCAAGAUACUGAGUUAACAGUUAGCGAACUCUCUAUACAAUUUGGACGGAACUACAAAGGACAAUUAGCAGCAGUCGUAUUAUUUGCGGUUGCUAAUGAGCAUGGAAAUAUGCUAAGGGAAGGAUGGAAAUAUAUUUUAGAGAUCUUCAAAAAUCUCUUCAUUAAUUCGUUAUUGCCAAGUUCAAUGCUUCAAGUUGAAGAUUUUUUGGCUGGAAAAACCACAAUCCCAUUAAAACCUAAAAAUGCUUCAUUAACAAAACAAGAAAGAAAUCGCGAUAAUUCUUUGUUAUCCACUCUCUCUUCAUAUUUGUUAUCACCAUAUUCUAGUAAUUAUGAGUAUUUACGAAAUGAACCUACCGAAGAAGAGAUUGAGCUUACUAUGUGUACAACUGAAUGUGUUAUGGUUUGUCGAUUAGAUGAUCUUUUUGCGGACAUUAGACUUUUAGAGGAGGAUUCUCUCGAACAUCUUAUGAAUGCAAUUAAAUUUAUUGCUGAUGGAUUUUUGACUAGUGACUCUAAGAAUCUGCAACGAUCGUCAACUCCCGUAUCUAUUAAUCAACCUGCAUCAAAAACUACUACACAGACUGAUGCUCCAAUACCUUACGACCCAGCUGCGAUAUUUUUCCUGGAACUUAUGAUUAAUGUUACAUUACAAAAUCGCGAUCGCAUCCAGCCAAUUAUAUUUGAGCAUAUUUCCGAUAUUUUAAUUAAUUCACAAAAUCAUAGCAUUCUUUUGGUUGAAAGAACUGUUGUUGCACUUUUAAGAUUGUGUAUUCGGUUAACUCAUAAGGAAGAAAUGGUAUCUGAUGUUCUUCAAUCGUUAGAACUCCUAAAAGCGUUGCCACGAGAGGUCAUCAAUGCUGUAGGUGAACAAAUGAUGGCCGGGAUUCUCAAUCUUAUCAAAUCAGAUGCUUCUUACAUAAGAGGAAAAGCACCUUGGGAAACUGUAUUUUAUUUACUUAGUGCGACAUCAAAUCACCCUCAAGCAUCAAAAUAUUCUUUUGAGACAAUCGCAUGUCUUGUUGGCGAACACAAGAAUAUUAGCAUUCAUAAUUUCAGUGAAAGUGUUGAACUCUUAACAGAGUUUGCAUCAGCUGCUACCUUUACAGGAGGAAGUGAAAUACAUAACGAUUAUAAUAAAAAUUCUAGGUUCCGUAUUUCUAAAACACAAACAGCUAUCAUCGAAAGAGCUCGUAGAGCAGUUGAACUAUUAUACCAGUUGUAUAUCGAGAUCCCAAAAUUAUUAAAUGAUUCUGAAGCAUCUCCUGGUGAAGCUUGGUCUACUUAUUGGCUUCCUAUAUUGACUGGCUUAAGCCAACAAUGUUAUAAUCCUUGCCGUGAUGUGAGGCAAUAUGCUAUAACAUACCUUCAACGGGCAUUACUUGAUCCAGAACUGGUAUCGCAUGGAGUUACAGAAUGGGUAGUCAUAUUUGAUGUUGUACUAUUUCCAUUGUUAGAUCAACUUUUAAAGCCAGAAAUAUUUGAAGCUGAUCCUGUGGGUAUGGAAGAGACUCGAAUGAGGGCAUCUGCACUACUAUGCAAAAUUUUUUUACAUUAUCUGAAUAAGCUUGCUGAAUGGGGAGGAUUAACGUCGUUAUGGUCACAAAUAUUGGACAUAAUGGAACGUUAUAUGGAUAAUGAGGCGAUUCCUGAAUCUCUUAAAAAUAUGCUACUGGUCAUGUCUACAUCCGGGAUCCUUAAUCCUCCGAUAUCACCAAACGAAACAACUACUACUUUGGACGAACCUAAUAAAGCUUCUAAUCGAACUCCAAUAGAGUUAUGGAAUAUCACUUGGACAAAGAUAGAUAAGUUUUUACCAAAACUAAAAGAUGAACUAUUUCCUCCAACUUCGUCUUCGAAUCAAUCAUCAUCGCUACCUGACAACAAUUUGUCUCAAGAAUUGACAUCUGAAAGUAAUUUGCAAUCAGGAUUCGAAAUAAUUGAGCAGCAUGCACAAGAUAUUAUUGUCAAUGAGUCGUCGUCAUCUUCGAUUGCUCCAAAGUUAGAAAAAACUGAAGCUGCUGAAACAGAAAAAAUUGUAGAAUCUACAAGUAUUGAAGUAGUGUUAGCUAAUACAAACUCCAGUUUAUCAGAUGAU